UGUGAGUGGUGCCACGUCUCAAUGUCCAGCCGUCGGUUUCAUUGGUUCACCCCCUUUGCCGCCGUCAAUUUAAUUUUACAUGUGAAUAUCAUUUAAAAAAAGACCCUUCUUGGCAGCCAACCCGCCGCCAGCAUCUCAGCUUGUCUCCAGUUGUCACCCAUGUCGACCCAUGUCACCAAGCGAUCGAAGCAGGUGCUAGAUCCACCACAGUUUCAUGUUCGCCCUGGUCCAGCCCCUGAUCUGCAUCGCUUUGAACGGCAACCACAGCAUUGGAUGGCCGGUCGUAUAGCCUUGACGCUUUUGCACUGGGCAUUCGCCUUGUGGACCCUGAUAAAAGCAUGGUCAAGUCGAAGCUGGAUCUUCAUCUUGCAACAUGUUAUAUCUCGUGACAUUCCAAAAGCCAUUGAGACCGACAGGGCCCGCCUCACAAAGAUUCCCCAUCACCUUGCUGUCAUUGUGUCGCAAGAACAAGCUUGGACCAACCGAUCACCCGCACAGUGGGAUGCCAUUAUCCAUGAUAUUUGCAAUACGUGUGUGUGGUCUUCGGAGCUAGGUAUAAAAGAAGUGUCUGUAUUUGAACAAUCAGGUUACCUUAAGCGACGAGAGUCUCACAUCCAGAAGCAGCGUGCAAAAGCUUUUGAAGAGUACCAUAUGUGCAGCACUGGAUCGAACGGCAGUAGUGUACAAUCCACCCCGUCAAAAGGUUUCAAAUUGUCAAUUUUUGCAUUGGAGGAUGGAAAAAACUAUGUGGCACAAGUCACUAAGCAAAUGGCCGUGGCAGUAACGGAAGAAGACCGGUUUACCAGCGACAACAUCAAUGUCCAACUAGUAGACAAGUGGAUGUCAGAGAGGAUAUCCGAGCCGGAAAUCGCCAUGAUUUGCUAUGGCACUGCACACAACUACAUAGAGCUCAGUGGAUUCUUUCCAUGGCACAUGCGGCUAACGGAGUUCAUUAAUAUACCAUCCCACAAAUCCAUAUCAUAUCCACUGUUUAUAAGGGCUAUGUAUAAUUAUUCCAAAGUAGAGCAGCGGUUUGGACGAUGAUUUGUCAAAUCAAUCCAUAUACACUCCACCAUUUGGCAUGAGGCCAUUAGAGCAAAAAGGCACCAAUGUGCUAUCAUCCCCUCUUUUUUUUCAAACCAAUGCUCUCUUGUAUCAUCAUUACAUAUCGCAUACAGUCUAGAAUAAAAUAUAUAAUACAUCAUGGU